AAAACAGCACGUGCCAUUUUAAAAGUGAUUUUGAUCGCAGCUGAAUUCUGCACGCUUUACUCAGAGAGUGCAUUUUAAUCGUGCUUUUAAUACAUAGAUACUCGUAUAUAUAUUUUGUUGUGUUUGUGAACAAUUAAUAGCCAUGGCCCUACCAUUCCUUCCCGGAAACUCAUUCAACCCCAACCUGGGGAAGGAGAAAUUCCACAAGGAGCACCACUUCGACUUCAAGAAUGAGGUGCCGAUGAACACUGGGGAUGACAAGAAGUACAAGCCCAACCACAGCACCAUCCCCAGAGGCACAGGACACAUGGCGCCCGCCUGGGUCGCAUUCGACAAGCAGGUGUUGCAGUUCCACUGCUACUACAAAGAGGCGGUGGUGGAGAGGAGCAGUGAGAACUUCAGAGUGCACGUGUGCAGACUCUACUUCUACCUAGAGGACGACACUAUCCAAAUAGUCGCCAACUCCACCAACAACUCUGGAAUACCACAAGGCACUAUUGUGAAGCGAUCAAGGAUAAGCCGACCUCCUCCCAACGACUACACUUUCUUCACAGUCGAGGACUUCAACGUCGGCAACGAGGUCGAAAUCUACGGCAAGGUGUUCAAACUAUGCGACUGUGACCAGUUCACCCGCAACUUCAUCCGAAAACUGGGAGUCAGAAUUGGCGACCCCUGCGAGAUCCCAGAUGAUCCUUAUAGCAAGCACCGACAGCAGGAGACGGAGGCCAUGCAGCCUCUAAGACCCUACGAGCGCAUCGACAAACUAGGCCAGUACUUGGAACACAGUAGUCACGUGCUGCGCUUCUACCUGCUCUGGGACGACACCUCCAAUCUGUUCGGAGACAUGAGGGAGUUCAUCCUGCAUUACUUCCUGGCGGACGACGAAGUCGAGAUCAAAGAGGUCAUCCCGGAGAACGCGGGAAGGGACGCUCUCCCCAUGUUUCUCAACAAGUGCAAACUACCCAAGUUGGUGGGUGGUCUGCCUCUGCCCGGCCAGGAAGCUGCGAGGACUGUGCUGAAUGUGUUCGGUCCCAUGGGCAAGGGGGGCAGGUACAUUCUGGACAGCCUGAAGACGGGGGCCCUCAAGCAGGAGUACUACACUGACGCCGACCUCAGCGUGGGUUCCAUCAUGAAUGUGUGGGGCAGGAAGAUGCUCAUCUGCGACUGCGACGAAUUCACAAAACAGUACUACAAGACCAAAUAUGGAACCGAGUUCAAGAAAAUAACGGUGGACCGUCCCCGCUUCCCAGUGCCUGAGAGGGAGGUGCCUCCCUACAAUGGAUUCGGAUCUUACGAGGACUCCCUCGGAAAUUGCGACUCCCUUCUGCCCAAGCCACCUCGCAGAGACUUCAUGAAGUUCAUGGAAAAGGACAGGAACGGACUGGAGUGCAACACACUUCGCUUUGCGGCUUGUCUUCUGACUAAGAGCAAGAUAGACAAAGACAGACGCUUCGUCGUCUCCUGCUUCCUCGCAGACGACACCAUCUCCGUCUUCGAACCCCUCCGGCACAACAGUGGCAUCGAGCCAGGCAAAUUCAUGGAGCGAGCCAGGCAGGAGAAGCCAGGCCAGGACAAGUUCAGCAGCAAGACUCCGGACUUCUACACGGCCAUUGAUCUGGCUGUGGGCCAGAAAAUCACUCUGCAGGACUUCCCGUUCUACUUGGUGGAUGCAGAUGAGUACACGUACAACUACAUGGAGAAGCACUCAUCUCAGUGGCCUCAAUCCAAUAUUGACAUGGUCUUGUACAAGCUCAAGGGAGUGCUGGGCGAGAAGAGCAAAGAAGAAGCGCAUGCAGCUUUCAAAGCCAAAGAUGCCAAGGGAACCGGAUCUCUUUCCUUCGAGCUAUUCCGAGAUACAGUCAGUGCCCAGACUGGUGGCAUGUUGACAGAAGCUGAGAUUAUCACUAUGGCCAGGUACUAUGGAUCCAAGGCGUCAUUCGGGAUCCCAACUGACAUUCUAAGAGCGGCUGUGCAAGAGAGCCUUAGGAAGGCGAACUUCGAGCAGUUCGAAGACCUGCGGAAGGCUCUGAAGCUCAGAGACUCAGAAAGAACUGGGAAGUUGCAUGCUGCCGACGUGAGGAAGAGCUGCCUUGCCAUGCACAUCCGGAUUCCAGUAGACCUCCUGUCACACUUCAUCUCCAGACUAGCGGACUCUGCCGGUAUUGUGGAUUACAUGCAGUUCCUGCAGGAGAUCAACUGGAGGGACUACCCAGUGCCCAUCUCAUGCAACAUCCCCUCAGUACUCCGGUUCGAUGCUGAGUGGCUCGGUGCAAGUCAAGACGAAGUCGUGAAGUUCGUCAAUUACGAGACAAUACUGGGAGACCUGUUCCGAGGAUAGACGACACCGAGCGAGUCAAGAUUAUUCGUUAAAAGGAAGUAGGAACUGCUACUGAGUUAAUGAUAUCAAAUCGGCAUCCAACGAACUAAUGCGGGAGCUAACUAUUCCAUAUAAAAAUAUAAAUCAAAUUAUAUAAGCCACUUCAUUUGUCACAACAAUUUAAUAAAUUUGAUGAAUAGAA